CUUGUCUGUGGUCUUGUCGUUUGUCGUCAAGCAAGCUAACCGACGCCAUUAGUGUAAAAUAUUUUUAAUUGUGAAUUUUCACGUGCUAUUGCCGACUUUGCUGUUUAUUAAGUGUAUUUAAUUACACUAAACUAAUAAAUAAUGGCUGAUAACGACGAUCUUCUCGACUACGAAGAUGAAGAGCAAGCAGAUCAACAGACCACCGACGGAGCGACCGAAGCGGCGCCAAAAAAAGAGGUUAAAGGAUCAUAUGUAUCAAUCCAUAGUUCCGGCUUCAGGGAUUUCCUUCUAAAACCUGAAAUUUUACGUGCUAUAGUCGACUGCGGUUUUGAGCAUCCGUCAGAAGUGCAACACGAAUGCAUUCCGCAGGCCGUACUCGGUAUGGACAUCUUGUGUCAAGCGAAGUCCGGUAUGGGAAAGACUGCUGUGUUUGUAUUGGCGACUCUGCAGCAAUUGGAGCCGUCCGAGAACCACGUAUACGUCUUAGUGAUGUGCCACACUAGAGAGCUGGCGUUCCAGAUCAGCAAAGAGUACGAGCGCUUUUCCAAGUACAUGCCCGGCGUGCGGGUGUCCGUGUUUUUCGGCGGAAUGCCGAUCCAGAAGGACGAGGAAGUGCUGAAGACUGCGUGCCCGCACAUCGUCGUCGGUACUCCGGGGCGUAUCUUAGCUUUAGUCAAUAAUAAGAAAUUGAAUUUGAAGCACUUGAAACAUUUCAUUCUGGACGAGUGCGACAAGAUGCUCGAAUCGUUGGACAUGCGGCGAGACGUUCAAGAAAUCUUCCGCAACACUCCUCACGGAAAGCAAGUUAUGAUGUUCUCUGCUACCCUGAGCAAGGAGAUCCGGCCCGUCUGUAAGAAGUUCAUGCAGGAUCCUAUGGAGGUGUAUGUGGAUGAUGAAGCCAAACUAACACUGCACGGUUUACAGCAACAUUAUGUUAAACUCAAGGAAAACGAGAAGAAUAAGAAACUUUUUGAGCUGCUUGAUGUCUUAGAAUUUAACCAGGUAGUGAUAUUUGUGAAGUCUGUGCAACGAUGCAUAGCUCUGGCCCAACUGCUCACAGAUCAGAACUUCCCCGCCAUUGGUAUUCAUAGGAACAUGUCCCAAGACGAGAGGCUGACGCGCUACCAGCAGUUCAAGGAUUUCCAGAAGAGGAUAUUAGUGGCUACCAACUUGUUUGGAAGAGGAAUGGAUAUUGAACGAGUCAAUAUUGUGUUCAACUAUGACAUGCCUGAAGAUUCAGAUACCUAUUUACACAGAGUAGCGCGAGCGGGCAGAUUUGGUACCAAAGGCUUGGCAAUAACCAUGGUAUCCGAUGAGAAUGAUGCAAAAAUCCUGAAUGAGGUCCAAGACCGCUUUGAUGUCAAUAUAACCGAGCUACCUGAAGAAAUUGAAUUAUCAACUUAUAUAGAGGGCCGAUAAAUCAAGAAUAUCUUUUAAAAUUAUACCUUAAGAAUUACCAAGGUUUUUCUUUUAUAAAUUUUGUCUACACUUUAUUGUAGAUUAGUUUAGACCUUAUCCAGACUGACAGAUAAAAAUAGUUAACAAAAUGGGUUUAGUUUUAACUUUAUUUGCAUAAAAUAUGAAAUGUAACAAAUGGAGUUAUUAAACAUUAACAAACUAGAGGGUAAAUUAAGCUAUUCUGAGCUCAUGUAGAACAUUAUUAUUUAUAACAUUUUAAUAAAAGAAUUACUCUUUAACAAAAGUGUGAGAACUCAAUACAAUAAAGAUUUGGUAAAGCUGUCAGUUUGGAUGCAGUCUGUUAUGUGACAUGUGAAUGUAAAACGGUAAAAAUUAAGUAAUUAUAGAUUUAAGACUUGAAUAAAACAUUUGAUAUUGUGAA